UUUGCCUACCCCUGGUCUAGAAAGUUAUCCAAAUUAUCGUUUGGCUUUUACGAGUUGAACGACGCAGUGUUGCACAGUCCCCUACAAAGUGAACCGAUUACUUCUAACACAAACUUACUAUGUAGUUUUACAGAGUUGGUGGAAGAUGCAUACCACACCUAUCUAUUAUUCCAACUGAGUGGCAGUGUUGGACUUAUUUGUAUGUCGGCUUUAAGAAUAUUAGUCGUUGAACCAACGAGCCUGCAGUUUUAUUCAACGUUAACUUAUCUAUCUGUAAUGAUAAGUCAGCUUUACGUAUGUUGUUGGUCUGGACAAGAGCUUACAGCGACCAGCGAAGAUCUCCACACAGUCCUUUAUAAAAGUCUAUGGUAUGAGCAGGAUCUCCGCUUCAAACGUGCUAUCUGUUUCGCUAUGAGACGCACGAUGCGCCCUAUGAUCUUUCGUGCCGGACAUUACAUUUCUUUAUCCAGACAAACUUUUGUAGCGAUUCUACGGAUGUCAUAUUCCUAUUUCGCCGUUUUGAACCAGACUAAUCACUAAAUAGCUUUAGAGUUACAAUAUUUCAUAUAAAAAC